AUGUUCAGCAGAAAUGUCAACAAGUCACAAACCGAGAGCUUUUCACGAAAGCGCAGAGAAGCAAAAGGAAAGUCAUCAUUUCGUGAUCACGCAGUUUCCAAAAGCCGACAUGAGAGAUCUGCUGUUCGUAGGCCACCUGGAGAAGGUACCUCUACCCUCGAAAAUACACUCACAGCCUCCAUAAUCACACUCGUUGUCGGUCGUGAACAACGCUUAUUUGCAGCUCACGAAGAUGUGCUCUGUCAUUCACCAUUCUUCCAGGCAGCAUGCCGUGGGCAAUUCUUAGAAGCAACAAACAAGCGAGUCACUCUUCCUGACGAAGAACCUGAGAUCUUCUCCUCGGUCCUCGAAUACUUAUACAAGGGCGACUACUAUCCUCGACUUAUGCAUAAUAAGCGCAAGAACACAUGGGAGCUAGAGACUGCUGAGGGUGGAUGCAGCGUUGAGAGCACUGUCUAUCAUCACGGUGUUGAUGGCGAGUUGCUUAAGGAUACGGUCAUCUAUUGCACAGCGGAGAAAUAUGGCUUGGAGGAAUUGAAGCGUGUUGCUUUGAAAAAGCAAGGUCUUCAAUCUGGCAUUCAAUGCAGCACAAUUCUAUCAUCCGCCCGAUAUGCCUACGCUAAUACACCCGAUAAUGAUUCGAAACUUCGAGCACACUAUCUUGCUCUCAUCAUCCGCAGUCGAGGAACCUUCAAAAGAAGUGGGACAAUGCAAAUGGAAAUGCAACAAGGUGGCAGCCAGCUGUUCUUCGAUUUGUUCGUGGCCUUGUGUAACCAUGUUGACGACGUCUCGAGUGUUGCUGGCUCACCUCGAAGCGUCCGAACGCAUCAUUAG